AUUUUGUUGUUAUUAUUAAAUUAUUAAAUUUACCCACAGCAAUCUAAACUUUUUGUUGUUGGUAUUCUGGCGAACCUUUCAUAUACAAAUUAUGUUGUCAAUUUUAAAAUCAUAGAUCAAUUAUCAUUUGAUUAUAUGAAAGCUGUAGUCAUUUUGGCUGGGUUGGUAUCAAUUCGACGCAAGAACUGAAAACUUCAGCUUGAAUUAAAAACCUCAGUUAGUUAUGGAUCGUCUCUUAUCGUUGUUUGGUGUGAUUUCGCUUUUUGUCUUGCUUAUCUAUCGUUGGUAUAGAAAACAUUUCGAUUUUUGGAAACACCACCCAGUGGUGCCAAGUGUUCCGGGUCGUAUCUUCGGAGGAAAGUUUUCCAAUGAAGCUGCUGUGGGAAUUUACGCCUUGCGCCCGGCUCUUUUGCUAAGAGACCCCGAAUUGAUCAAGUCCAUACUCAUACGGGAUUUUAAUUGUUUUGCCAAUCGCUAUGGACGCAGUGAUCCCCAUGCCGAUCCCAUUGGUGAUAAGAGCUUGUUCUUUGCACGCUACAACAGCUGGCGGGAAUGGCGCCUCAAACUCAGUCCAAUAUUUACCAGCGGAAAAAUGAAGCAAAUGUAUCCCCUCAUCCAGCAGGUGGGUGAGAAUUUGGAGGAGUAUCUGCACAAGAGGGGCGAGCGUUUUGUGUGUGAGUGCAAACAAUUGGCAAUUCUCUUUACCAUCGACAGCAUUGCGACAACAGUUUUUGGCGUUGCCACCAAUUCUUUGGAGAAUUCUUCAUCCCAGGCCAUAACCCAGCAAAUCCGACAACUGGUGCUGUUUAAUUUGAGAAGGGCCCUGAAUUUCUUUGUUGUCUUCAUGGCGCCCAAUUUAAAUUGGCUCUUUAGGCCAUCGAUUUUCUUUAGGGAAACUGUGGAAUUUUUCAAAACCCACACAACACAAAAUGUAGAAGAACGCAUUAGAAAUCCAAUUAGGCGCCCCGAUAUGAUUGAACUGGUGGUUAAACUCCGUAAUGAGGUGGUGGAAAAAGGUGGAGAUAUCAAAGAAUUUAUGGAGUAUAUUGUGGCCCAAACGGUGACAUUUUUUUCGGGUGGCACGGAAACCUCUUCAACAACAAUUGCCAAUGUUCUCUUUGAAUUGGCCAAAAAUCCUCACAUCCAGCAACGUCUAAGGCAAGAGCUGUUGGAUGCCUUCUCUAGGGGAAAUAGUUCCAUAUCUUAUGAGGAUCUAAGUGAAUUGGAAUAUCUGAGCAUGGUGGUGGAUGAAACGCUGCGUAUGUAUCCAGUUUUCCCUUUAAUUGAAAGGCAAUAUUUGAAUCCCAAGAAGGAGGUAUCUGAGGGAUACUCGCUGAGGCCAUUCUACGAUUUUGAAAUACCAAAUGGCAUGCCGGUCUAUAUUUCGGUCUAUGGUUUGCAUUAUGAUGAGAAGUAUUGGACCGAUCCUCGAAAAUUUGAUCCGGAACGUUUUUCACCAGAGAAUAAGGCGAAUUUAAAUCCUAUGAUUUAUUUACCUUUUGGAGGUGGUCCCCGCAAUUGUAUUGGCGCCCGAAUGGGUCUGAUACAGGUUAAAACAUGUAUUGCAUACAUCUUGAAAAACCAUCGUAUUGAAAUAUGUUCGGAAACGAAUUUGCAAACGAAAUUUAAUCCCAAGGCAUUUGUAUUACAAGUCGAGGGCGGUAUCAAUUUGGAAAUAGUUAGAGAUGAAUUAUAUAAAAGAUCCGUAACGAAGUUGGAAUGAAAUUUGAAAAAAUAGCCUUAGAUAUGAAAAAUAUUGGAAUAAUGUUUUUAAAUAAAAGGUAUAUAUGCUACCGCUUGGAAAAAUUCUGAGAAAUUCCGCUUUAGUGGUCAGUGGAAAACUAUCAUUAAAAAUCCAAGAUUGUUGGUCCUUGAUUUUGUUUUUAAAUGUAUUUUUUGUCUGCAGAAGUUCAUAAUAUCCCCUGUCGAUUCUUGGAAAUCGCGUUACACUUCCAGUCUUGUAACAUAAUGUGAGUUUCCAUUUUUCUCGGAC